GCUGGCAACGCUGUGCAGCUUGUUCCGGGGCCAUUCGUUGCAGUCACGGGAUCUCUGACAGGCGCUGAACACGGUAGCUCGGCUGCUGCGGUGGUUCUACCGCCGUGAGGAAACGCUUUACCUUGGGAGACAUCCCUCGUCGUCGCUGGAGCAGGCACCACCGCUACCACCAUGUCCGAGUUCUGGCUCAUUUCGGCUCCGGGCGAAAAGACCUGCCAGCAGACAUGGGAGAAGCUCUGCAGCGUUACGGCCAAGCAGAACAAUUUGUCCACGAACUACAAGUUUCACCUGCCUGAUCUCAAGGUAGGCACGCUUGAUCAGCUGGUGGGCCUCUCGGACGACCUCGGCAAGCUCGACACCUACGUGGAAGGGGUAACCCGGAAAGUUGCCAGCUACCUCGGCGAUGUGCUGGACGAUCAGAGGGACAAGUUGGCCGACAACUUACAGGCCAAUGGAUUGGAGUUGGAGGCAUACAUUACGCGCUUCCAGUGGGACAUGGCUAAGUACCCCAUCAAGCAGUCCCUCCGGAGCAUCACCGACAUCAUCAGCAAGCAAGUCGGCCAGAUCGACGCGGACCUCAAGAGCAAGUCAGCCGCCUAUAACAACCUCAAGACGCAGCUGCAGUCCAUCGAACGCAAGUCCACGGGCAGCCUGUUGGUUCGCAGCCUCGCAGACCUGGUGCGCAAGGAACACUUCGUGCUUGGCUCCGAAUACCUGACUACCCUGCUGGUCGUGGUGCCCAAAAUUCUGUUCAAGGACUGGUACUCCAAGUACGAGAAGCUGUCCGACAUGGUGGUGCCGUAUUCCUCCCAGUUGGUGUACGAGGACAACGAGCACGGCUUGUUCACAGUCACGCUCUUUCAUAAGGUGGUGGACGAGUUCAAGCUCCACUGCCGAGAAAACAAGUUUGUGGUUCGCGAAUUCGUGUAUGACGAGAAUGCACUGUUGGCUGGCAAGAACGAGAUUGCCAAACUGGAGAGCGACAAGAAGAAGCAAUACGGGCUGCUGAUACGUUGGCUGAAAGUGAACUUCAGCGAAGCCUUCACUGCCUGGAUCCACGUGAAGGCCCUGCGACUCUUUGUCGAGUCUGUUCUGAGGUACGGGCUGCCGGUGAACUUCCAGGGCAUGCUGCUGCAGCCGCAGAAGAAGACGGCCAAGCGACUGCGCGAGGUGUUGAACCAGCUGUACAGCCACCUCGACACCAGCAUUGCCCAGGGGCCCGUCGACGACAUUCCCGGCCUGAAUAUGGGGCAGCAGGAGUACUACCCGUACGUGUACUUCAAGAUCUGCAUCGACAUGGCCGACACGCACGUGCGGCUCUAAGCGCAGGGGAGGCGGCCACUACCUCCUUUGGCUUGGGGUCCCACAUUCCAUCUGUUUUAUUUGUCUAGCAGUGUACAGAUUAGCAUUGUUGU